AUGGACGAGCGCUUCAACAGGUGGCUGCUGCCGCCGCUGCUGGCGCUGCUCUUCUUGCUCAUCGUCUACCAGUAUGUGUCGCCCGCCUGCCCCGGCGCCGCCUGCGCCCGCCGCCCGUCGGCCUCCGCUGCCCGCCGUGGGGGGGGCCCGGCGGAGCGGGAGGAGGAGGAGGCGGCCGCGGGUACCGCGGAGGAGGAGGAGGCGGCGGAGGCAGCGGCGGCGCUGCCGCGGCUGGUGGCCAAGUUCCCUUUCGCGCGGGGGGAGCUGUGUCGGCGCGUGCGGUUCGACAUGCGGGGCCGCGACGUGAUCGUCUUCCUGCACAUCCAGAAGACAGGCGGCACCACCUUCGGGAGGCACCUGGUGCGCAACAUCCGCCUGGAGCAGCCCUGCUACUGCCGCGCCGGGCAGAAGAAGUGCGCCUGCCACCGGCCGGGCGGCGACAAGGACACGUGGCUCUUCUCCCGCUUCUCCACCGGCUGGAGCUGCGGGCUGCACGCCGACUGGACCGAGCUCACCAGCUGCGUGCCCGCCGCCAUGGAGCGCCGCGGCUCUGACAGAAAUCAUAAGAACUUCUAUUACAUCACAAUGCUGAGGGAUCCAGUAUCACGGUACUUGAGUGAAUGGAAGCAUGUCCAGAGGGGUGCAACGUGGAAAACUUCCCUUCAUAUGUGUGAUGGAAGAAGUCCAACACCAGACGAGCUGCCUACCUGUUAUGAAGGAGACGACUGGUCUGGAGUCAGUUUACAGGAAUUCAUGGAUUGUAGCUACAACUUGGCCAACAACCGCCAGGUGCGCAUGCUGGCAGACCUCAGCCUGGUGGGAUGCUACAACCUGACUUUUAUGAAUGAGAGUGAAAGAAAUAUGAUUCUUCUCCAAAGCGCCAAGAACAAUCUGAAAAACAUGGCCUUCUUUGGGCUCACGGAAUUUCAGAGGAAAACGCAGUACCUUUUUGAGAGGACAUUCAACCUGAAAUUCAUUUCCCCAUUCACUCAAUUCAACGUUACACGGGCCUCCAAUGUGGACAUAGGUGAGGAUGUGCGGCAACGGAUAGAGGAGCUGAAUUUCUUGGACGUACAGCUGUAUGAAUAUGCGAAGGACCUGUUCCUGCAACGCUUCCAGUACUCCAAGCAAGAGGAACAUCAGAAGAACCGGCUAAAGAGGCGAGAGGAGCGGCGGCUGCUGCGGGAGCAGAGAGCUCACCAGUCACCAAGGGAAGAGGCAGCAGAAGUAACCGUUACUGAAGAUUAUAACAGUCAGGUUGCAAGGUGGUGA